AGAGAGAACGCAAUACAAGUCUAAGCGUUGCUUCAGUUGAACCGAAAGUUCAUUACUUAUUCCAAUUGUAGUGAAAUGAGUGUUUAGCUGUGUUUUGGUCAACAAAUCCGCACAUGUCUUACAUUGCAUUUCAAUUAUAAUUGUUGGUUAUCAUGUCGAGUGAUAUGCAUCUGACGAACGCACAGAUCGUGUUGGAGGCCAACAAAACCAGAUACCAAGUCGGAGAUUACAUCCACGGAAAGCUGGCCAUCGCUCUGAACGGACACCUCUCGCUCUCGGCCGUCAAGAUUGGGUUGACAUGUGUGGCCACUAUUAAACCGGUCGACAACUCCAUGUACCAGAAGGAGGGCCGGGUUUGUAUGGAUAAGAGCCCCUACAAGCGUGUGUUUCUCGAUCACACUUACGAACUGCCGGCUAAAAUCGCGGCUAAUACUCUACGUCCAGGCGCUCACGAAAUACCGUUCAGAUUUCAAUUGCCGGACAGCGGAAUUCCGACGUCUUUCGAGAGUAUAUACGGAUGUAUUUGUUAUUUCAUUGAGUAUAUAAUUGGCGAAAACGACAAAAUACAUCGCUCUGGCUGUGAGAUCACAGUAGAAGCGCCCGUCAAAGACAACCUAUACCUAUCCGUCAGCGGAAGCACCGAAAAAGAUUUGGGAAUUCUGUGCUUAGGCUCUGGAAAAGUGUAUCUCUCGACCAAAAUAACUAGAAAAGGAUAUUUGGCCGGUGAAUCGAUAGAAAUUCAUUGUUGUGUCGAUAACUCGUCGACAGUGAGUGUGAGUCCGAGAGCUUCGUUAUAUCAAACGCAGAUCUAUAUGUCGGGAGAGAAGCACAGAACCAUCGAAACGCUGCUUUCGGAGCCCAUAUUGGGCUCCAAUAUAAGCGCCGGACAUAAAGUGGAGGAAAUACUUGAGAUGAGAAUUCCCGACAAUUCUGUGCUCUCAAUGAAAAGCUCCAUAAUUACAGUGAAGUACUUCAUUCACGUCACUCUCGACAUUCCCUACACUAUUGAUCUGCAUUUAAACCUACCGAUUGUGAUCACCAAUAAAUAUGCAUUUUAAACAACAGUUUGAUUUUAAUUCUCAAUUAGCAUUUUUGC